UAGAAUCGCCUGGGUUUCUAUCUCUUUGCUAGAGAACGUCCCUACAAGAAAAGGCUGACCCUUGACACCGCCAGAAACUUUCCCCAGACUUGGCCUCCAUUGGUAGAAGGAGUCGCCCCCCUGCUGGCGGGCGCCCCACGAGAGUCCCAGAGAUUUUAUAACAUUCAAGAAGCACAUGAAAGAGGCCUCUCAUCCAGUAUUCUUGAUUAAGUUAUGAAAAUGGAAUUGAAGCUUAUGUUCCCCCUUCGUACGGUGAGCCCAGCUGUGAGCAGGGUGUUCUGUUCUUCACUUCCAGCAAGCCAGAGUUUUAUAAAUGGACACUGACAUGGACUACGAAAGACCCAACGUUGAAACCAUCAAGUGUGUGGUCGUGGGAGACAACGCCGUGGGGAAGACGCGCUUGAUCUGUGCCAGAGCGUGUAACACAACGCUAACGCAGUAUCAGCUGCUGGCCACCCACGUGCCUACCGUGUGGGCGAUUGACCAGUACCGAGUGUGCCAGGAGGUCCUGGAGCGUUCCCGGGAUGUUGUUGAUGAAGUGAGCGUUUCUCUCAGGCUUUGGGAUACUUUUGGCGAUCAUCACAAAGACAGGCGUUUUGCAUAUGGCAGGUCUGAUGUUGUGGUCCUCUGUUUUUCGAUUGCUAAUCCCAAUUCCCUAAAUCAUGUGAAAACCAUGUGGUAUCAAGAAAUCAAGCACUUUUGCCCUCGCACACCUGUUGUUCUAGUUGGCUGCCAGCUAGAUCUCCGCUAUGCUGAUCUUGAAGCUGUUAAUCGAGCCAGACGCCCUUUAGCAAGGCCCAUAAAGAGAGGGGAUAUUCUGCCCCCAGAAAAAGGCCGAGAGGUUGCAAAGGAGCUGGGCAUACCGUACUAUGAGACAAGCGUGUUUGACCAGUUCGGAAUCAAGGACGUGUUUGACAAUGCGAUCCGAGCAGCGCUGAUUUCCCGCCGACACCUGCAGUUCUGGAAAUCCCACCUAAAGAAAGUCCAGAAGCCUUUACUUCAGGCACCAUUCCUACCUCCAAAAGCCCCUCCGCCGGUCAUCAAGGUUCCAGAAUGUCCCUCUAUGGGGACAAGCGAAGCUGCCUGUUUACUGGACAAUCCUCUGUGUGCCGACGUCCUGUUCAUCCUUCAGGACCAAGAGCACAUCUUUGCACAUCGAAUUUACCUCGCUACCUCCUCUUCCAAAUUUUAUGAUCUUUUUUUAAUGGAAUGUGAAGAAACCCCAAAUUGGAGCGAAGGAGCUGGUGAGAAAGAGAAGCAGAGCAGGGAUUGCCAGGGGCGGGCAUUGAGCCUUGACCCAGACGAGGAGUGGGAGGAAGGAACGCCAAGGACACCUCAGGCCAAUCAGUGGAAGGCCUCGAGCCAGAACCUGUCCCAGCAGGAGAGUCUGGCUCUGGAAGGCGAGAGCUCGACUCUGGAGACACAGACCUUAUCAGGCUGGAGCAAGGGGUUCCUUGGCAUGCACAAGGAAAUGCAAGCCAAUCCCGUUUCAAAGCGCGUGGGCCCUGUCACUGUGGUCAGGAUGGACUCCUCCGUCCAGCCAGGCCCUUUCCGGACCCUGCUCCAGUUUCUUUAUACGGGACAACUGGAUGAAAAGGAAAAGGACUUGGUGGGCCUGGCUCAGAUCGCAGAGGUUCUGGAGAUGUUUGAUUUGAGGAUGAUGGUGGAAAACAUCAUGAACAAGGAAGCCUUCAUGAACCAGGAGAUUACAAAAGCAUUUCAUGUCAGGAAGGCCAAUCGGAUAAAAGAGUGCCUCAGCAAAGGGUCGUUCUCAGAUGUGACGUUCAGGUUGGAUGAUGGAGCCAUCAGUGCCCACAAACCGUUGCUGAUCUGUAGCUGCAAGUGGAUGGCUGCCAUGUUUGGGGGCUCGUUUGUGGAAAGCGCCAACAGUGAGGUGUAUCUCCCGAACAUAAACAAGAUGUCAAUGCAAGCAGUAUUGGAUUAUCUUUAUACCAAGCAGUUGUCACCUAACUUGGACCUGGACCCACUGGAAUUAAUUGCCUUGGCAAACAGAUUUUGCCUGCCACACUUGGUUGCACUUGCAGAGCAGUAUGCUGUUCAGGAGCUGACGAAGGCCGCAAUGAGCGGCGUGGGCAUCGACGGGGAAGUGCUCUCUUAUUUGGAACUGGCCCAGUUCCACAACGCCCACCAGUUGGCCGCCUGGUGUUUGCACCACAUCUGCACCAACUACAACAGCGUUUGUUCCAAGUUCCGCAAGGAAAUCAAAUCGAAAUCUGCAGACAACCAGGAAUACUUUGAGCGGCACCGCUGGCCCCCUGUGUGGUACCUGAAGGAAGAAGACCACUACCAGCGCGUGAAAAGGGAACGAGAGAAGGAAGACAUUGCACUAAAUAAACAUCACUCGAGACGGAAGUGGUGCUUCUGGAAUUCAUCUCCAGCAGUCGCCUGAGGAGGAAGAGAAACAAAAAUCAGUAAUCUGACACACACUUUUAAAAGCACUACUGUAAAAUUAGUCCUAUUAUUAGAGAUAAGUCGUAGUUCAGGUUUCAGGCACUGAUCUUCCUCCACUUUUGUGCAUUUAUCUUUGUUGGGAUCAAAGCACAAGCCUCCCCAUCAAUGAGCCUGGACAAAAAGGGAAGUUGACGCUCACUGCAUUCCUUAAACCUAUAUGUAUAUUUUUUGUUAGAAGGCUUAAUAAACUUUAGUCCAUUAUUCCGUUUGUUUUUAUACAAAGGAAAAAAAAAUCCAGCUUUCAUGUUUCAAAUUCCAAAUUGGAAAAUAUUUUUAUAUGGUCUCUUGUAUUUUGUUGAAAUGAAAAUACUAUGUAUUACUUUAUUUUACAGGCCACAAAUUAACCAUGAAGUCACCCUGUGAUUCUCUGCCCACAUGACCACCAAGCAUUAUUACAUAAUUAGAGGGUUAUCCUUUCGUUGUAAAGUAAAGGGUUGGAAUGAAAUUCCCCCAAGCGCAAGUUAGAGAGUGUUUAAUCUUUGUUCUGCUGAAUAACAUUGGUAUAAUUACCAAGUCAACUCCAAGAAUGUGUAUUUACAAUAUUUGCCGUGUAAGUGCUAGUAAUUAUAUGGUUAUAUGUGCCAUGUAAAAUACAGUGAUAUCAAAUCUUCUGUUGUUUAAAAUGUCCAGAUUCAAGAGGAUAAUCUUUAUAAUCAUUAGAAGGGCUUAUUAAAUCCCAGCAUUAUCCAGGGCAAACCCACCAGUGGACCUGAAUACAAAAGAUACCAUAAGAGUGUUGGUGUUUGGAUUGCUGUGUUCGGGUUUGUGUCACGCAGUAUUCCUUGAUCUUGCCAUGCUUCUGCAUGCAGAUUCUCUAAUGACUUGAAUCGAGAUGGGCGAGGGAAAGAUCUCCAGACUUUGUCCCAUCGUCUUUCCAACCGAAACAGGCUUCCUCAGGUCUCUCACCUGCAGCCAACUUCACUUUGUAAGACACGCAUUUUUAACUCUUCCCAGGGAAAAUUCAUGCCACUGUAGAAGUAGGCUGAGGCAGACCACCCACCCCUACUGAGAUUCAGCGGGGCCUAUGAAAGCGCAAAGCUGGAGGCUGGGUCGUCUGAGGUCCCUGCAUUCUCCAACGCAGACAGGAAUCUUAUUCCAAGAGUCUAGGAAAUGGUGCUAUUGUGAGUUAGUCCUGACCCUUUGUCAUUCUGAGUUUUCAGUGUUAAAAUAGAAAGCAUUGAGCAGGGGAGCUUUAUAGAAGCAGUCAAUCAUUGCUUCUCUGUACAUUAAAACGUUACAGCACUCAUACAGAGCAUUUUAAGGCGACAGCUCCAUACUUGCCAUGGGAUGUUGUAUGGCGGGGGCUAGGGCUUAUUUUGUUGAGAGGUCAACUUACUGAUGCUAAAGGCUGUUGAUUUUUUUUCUAGUUGUCGGAAGUUAGAAGAGAGUUGAGUCUAAACCCAGUGUUGACAACCAUAUGCAUUUGAAAAUCUAUCCAGAUUACGGAUGGACAUUUAUUUACUGGCAGUGGAUACACACCAGAUACAAGAGUUUGGAGAGGCCCAGAAAUGCAUCACCCUCUCAUGACAAAGGAGAGGGCACUAGAGUAGAGAUGGAUGGUUGUAAAUGCUUUUACUUUAACUUUUGGUCAGUGGGGCUGUAAAGCAUUAACAGAAGGAGAAAGGAGACAGAAUGAGAGGAUAAAUGUCAAGACUCAGGACGAUUUGACAUAUAUCCCACCAUAAAAUGGCAACAGUUGAGUUUUUAGUGAAUGGUCAGAGUUGAAUUUAUACAACCAAAGCUCCCAUGUGAUUGUAAUCUUGCCAAAAUAUAAUGGACAUGUAAAUGAACCUGGGGAAUAAGCAAUAAUAUCCACUAGUGUUUGUCAUCAGCUACUGUAACCAAGUGGCUGGUUCAUUUGGUUGAUGCUGAUUAUGGCCUUUAACCAUGGUGGUUUGUUUUCGUGUUUUUUAUUUCACAAAAAGCCAAUAAAACUGUUUAGCUAUAAAA